AUGGAUUCAAUCGUUUCUGUAUUUGGAUCCUUUGUUAACUGGGAUGUCAAAAGUCUGCUGCUCUUCACUGCAGUUUUCAUCCUCACUGCAGAUUAUUUCAAAAACCGUCGGUCGGGCAGUUUCCCUCCAGGACCCCAUGCACUUCCUAUUGUGGGCAACUUAUUUACUAUUGAUUACAAGAGGACCCAUGAGAGUAUGACACAGGUAGAAUUAGCAGAGAGAUAUGGAGAUGUGUACAGCCUACAAAUGGGCCAGGUAUGGGUGGUGGUUCUAAACAGGCUCAAGGUUCUGAAAGAAGGUCUGGUAACUCAGGGUGACAGCCUGGCGGACCGCCCAGAUCUCCCUCUGCUGCUGGACAUAGCCCAUGGACAAGGGUUAAUUUUCAGUAGUGGGAACACAUGGAAGCAGCAGAGGCGCUUUGCACUUUCAACCCUGAAAUAUUUUGGAUUUGGCAAGAAGUCACUUGAGCCCAUCAUCUUGGAUGAAUUUACACAUUGUGCAAAAGACUUCAAUAGCUAUAAAGGUAAGCCAUUCAAUCCACACCUCACCAUCAACAACGUUGUCUCCAACAUCAUCUGCUCCCUGAUUUUUGGUCAUCGCUUUGAGUACGGUGAUGAGAAGUUCAAGAAACUGAUGAAGUGGUUUGACAAAGGUCUCCAGAUUCAAGCCUCUAUUUGGGCACAGCUUUACAACUCUUUCCCUUGGCUGAUGAGGCGUUUGCCAGGACCACAUCAGACAGUCCAGCACAUCUGGGACGAUGUAAAGGACUUCAUAAGAGUAGAGAUUAAGGAGCACAAACAGAACUGGGAUCCCUCAGACCAAAGAGACUACAUCGACUGCUACCUGAAUGAGAUUCAGAUGGGCAAAGGGCAAGCUGACAAUACUUUUGAUGAGGAACACCUGGUUAUAUGUGCCUGGGAUCUGUUUCUGGCUGGAUCUGAGACCACAUCCACCACCCUGCGCUGGGCUUUCCUCUACAUGGCAAAGUACCCUGAGAUCCAGGCAAAGGUCCAGACUGAGAUAGACAAAGUGAUUGGACAGUCCAGACAGCCGUCCAUGGACGAUCGUACAAACCUGCCCUACAUUGACGCUGUCUUACACGAGAUCCAGAGGAUGGGCAACAUAGCUCCUCUCAGCCUGCCUCAUGUUACCAACAAGGAGGUCCAGCUGGGAGGCUACACAAUCCCAAAGGGAGUUAUAAUAAUCCCCAAUCUGACCUCGGUGCUGUUCGACAAGAAUGAGUGGGAGACGCCCAACACCUUCAACCCAGGACACUUUCUGAACGAGGAGGGCAAGUUUGUGAAGCCAGCUGCUUUCAUCCCUUUCUCUGCUGGUAAGCGGGUGUGUCUCGGAGAGAACCUGGCCAAGAUGGAGCUUUUCCUCUUCUUCACCUCCUUCAUGCAGCACUUCACCUUCUCCAUGCCUGCUGGGGUGAAGCCUGUGAUGGAUUUUGAAUUUGGUGUCACUCUGGGACCGCUUGAUUAUGAAAUCUGCGUAACUUCACGCUAA